AGGAAGAUAUUUAGAUUGAUAAACAGAGAUGGUAAGGAGGGAGACAAAGAUAUUCUAUUUAGGGUUUUUGGGUAUAUUCCAUUCUAUUUUCAGUCUUAAGAAAUGGCAGUUUCAAUUCUUUAUCCAUUCAUUCAUACUCAUUCUCCUCUACCACAGCUCAACAACUACUCUAAUCUCACCAAAUUUGAAGCAAUUUUGAUCGAUAAUGUACCCUUAAGAAGGAGGAGGAACUUGGUGGUGUCGUUAUCCACUCACUCUAAUGCUAAGAUUCUCAAGUCCAAUAAAAAGUCUCGCUUCGGUCAACCCUUGACUCCCUACGCUGAGGAUGAUGAUGACGAAGACGACGACGAAGACGACGACGAAGAUGAUGAGGAGGAGGAUGAUUGGUUCUCGGAUGAUGAGUUUGCAGAACCUGUAGAAUUUGAAGUUGAUGGAAAAAAACGUAAGCCGCAAAAGAAAAUCAAUGAAAAACAAGUUGUGCUUGCAGGCGGCCAGAGACAGUCGGAUGCGAGAAUUGGCAGGAAUACUCAGGAGAAGAUAAUUGUCGGAAACUUUUAUAGUAAUAAAAAGAAAACAAAGGAGGCUGAUUCUAUUCAUAUCAAUCAGAAAGAGACGCUAAUCUCCAAUGAAGCUACCAAGAACAGAUAUGAAAAGCUGUCUGAAGAAAUAGAUUUAGAUAAGAAAUGGCUCCCACUUCUCGAUUAUCUAUCUACCUUUGGGCUAAAGGAAUCGGACUUUAUUCAAAUGUACGAGAGGCAUAUGCCAUCACUUCAAAUAAAUGUAAUUUCUGCACGAGAGAGGUUGGAGUACCUGCUUAGUGUUGGUGUCAAACACAGAGAUGUUAGAAGAAUACUUCUGAGGCAGCCACAAAUUCUAGAAUAUACAGUGGAGAAAAAUUUGAAGUCUCAUGUUGCUUUCUUAAGUGGUUUAGGUAUUCCAAAUUCCAGAAUAGGGCAGAUAGUUGCGGGUACCCCUUCGCUGUUUUCUUACAGUGUCGAAAAUUCAUUGAAACCUACAGUUAGAUAUUUGGUUGAGGAGGUCGGCAUCAAUGAAAAAGUUAUAGGUAAAGUUGUGCAGCUGAGCCCUCAAAUCCUUGUUCAGCGGAUCGAUAUAACAUGGAACACUCGCUUUAUGUUUCUCUCAAAGGAGUUGGGAGCAUCUAAAGAUAGUGUUGUAAAGAUGGUAACUAAACAUCCCCAGCUUCUCCAUUAUAGCAUAGAUGAUGGAUUUUUGCCAAGGAUCAAUUUUCUGAGGAGUAUUGGAAUGCGUAAUUCUGAGAUCUUGAAAGUAUUGACAAGUCUUUCACAGGUAUUAUCUCUGUCUGUGGAGGAUAAUCUGAAGCCAAAGUAUAUGUAUUUGGUUAAUGAACUCCGUAAUGAGGUUCAGUCCUUGACUAAGUAUCCUACAUACUUGAGCUUGUCUUUGGACCAGAGAAUUCGUCCUCGCCAUCGAUUCUUGGUUUCCUUGAAGAAAGCUCCAAAGGGACCAUUCCCUUUGAGUUCAUUUGUCCCAACAGAUGAAAGCUUUUGUCAGCAAUGGGCUGGAACUAGUGUAGAUAAAUAUUUGGCAUUUCGGCAACAAUUACUACUGACAAAGUUUGCAAAGAAAUAUGAAAGAUAAGAAUAUCACGUCGCCAUGAAGAUUAUGUGUUAUUUAUGCUAACAGCUCACAAAGUUAAGUCCAUCGGGCAUUCCUAUGGUCUAUAAGGUCAUCCCUCAAUGAUGAGAGAUUCCCCGGUCCAAGCUUGAAUGAAAUCUUAUGUGUACUGGUGGAAGUUCCUCUACUGACUUGGCAAUUUAUGUCUCAUCUGCAAAACCUGACUAGGAGAAUUUAAGGUGGAGCUCUAGUAGUUUCUUGGAAUUUAUGUCUCAUUUACCUUAUGAACCUCCUCGAGGUCUAUACUAAUUGAAAUCCUUCAGAGACAAUUUUGAAGCAGCAAGCUGUCACUACCGCAAGUAUUUCUGUGUAACAGUUCUUAUUUUUUGUUCCUUCCCUUUUUCAUAACUUAUAGUAUACAGCUUUACAAAUCACUAUAGAGGCUACUGACUUGUAAUUAGAUCUUUUUUUUUCCCAUGAUUUGCGCUGGAUAUCUGUAGCUUCCAACAAUUUUGAUGUAUGAAAAUUUUGUAAGUCUUCGCUUUAUUUUUCAGCUAGAAAUUGAAGUUUCCCUUAA